AUGAGUCGCCGUCCGGAGCGUUCAGCCUCUCAAGGCUCCUUGACUCGCUCUGACAGAGAUGAAUCUCCCGAUUCUCCCAGUCCUGGACGAGAGUCGCCCGAUCCUUCACUUCAGUAUUCACUAGCAAUCCGGGAUCUUUUGAACUCUCUUCAUGCCCGUAUGCUACAUGAGUCAGGCGAGAAUACCCCUCCUGCGGAGAUGGCAUCCAUGCCAUGCCAUGUGAACCCCAGCCCAAGUUCUGAAGCGGUUGCGACAACUCAAUCCAUUGAGUUCGAGUCGUUUGAAGUCCCGAUCAUGCUUAACGAUUCAACAUACCGUGCAGUUUCUCGCCCUGUGACAUCAACUGGCCCUAGGUCAAUUCCUUUCCCUGAGUCUCCAAGCCCUGCGAGGUUUCCAAUCUCCGAGUCUUCUACCACUGUGUCUUCUCGUCUCCUCAUGUCUCCAAGCUCUGCAUGGAUUCGUAUGCCUGAUACUCCUAGACCUGCGCCUGCUCGUCUCGCCGUGUCUCCAAGCCCUGCCAGAAUUCGUAUCUCUGUAACUCUCGACUCUGGGUCUCUCGAGCCUACAGAUACCUCACCUGCUAUGACUACCAAUACUAACACAAUCCCACCUGAACGUGGAGCAUCAUUUGUAGCACGAUUCGGCCAGCCAGGUGUGUCAUCAUCGCCGGCUCCCUGGCCUGAAGAUGCUGUGCCCUAUUCCGCAGAGCGCAUGCUCGAGACAUGGCUCAUUCGACAGCAGCUACUUGUUGGCAUCCCAAUUGACCAACUCCAGUCAAUGACCAAUCCUGAUUCGGGUCGCACGCGCCGAACCCCUCCAUGGAUGAUCAUCACCCCCGAAGGCGCUCAUGUUGUGGACAUUCCUCCUGCAGGCUUUCAUGGUGUUAUGCAGCCAAUUCCUCGUGUGCCCUGGUUACCGAAACCCUCGACCCAAUCGGGCCUGCCAGCUGCGUCUCAAACUCCUGCUGCACGAAGUCUUGCUGCACGAAGUCUGACCUCACCGAUGGCCUCUGAAGCUUUGCCCAUCUCUGCUACGUCAGCUUUACUUAACGUGAUCGAUUCAGCUGUUCAGACUACUCAAAAUCUGAUGACGUUACUGGAGAUAAAUCAACGUUCAGCAACAACGGGCUCGGUUGAUCCUGUUGCAGCUAUUGUCAUAAACCCACAAGCUGCUUCAACAACUCUGUCUGCAUUUCCCGCUUCUUUUACCGAUUCACGUCGUGGUGCGACAGAAGAGCAUGUUAACUCACCCAAUUCUAGUGUCUCAUCGCUGCUGCCUGUUGUGUUGAAUCCGACUCUGACAGUGCGUUCGAUUUCGUCUGGUUCAUCUGCCGCCAGGAAUCUACGCUGGGUACGAUCGCGUGCCCCUUCGCCAGAUUUGCCCAUCUACUCGGUUCCUGGCGUGGUAGGACCACGCGUGACAUUGCGCACCAUUCCUGAGUCGCCUGCUGCGGGACAUCUGCUUGGUUCGGAAAUACCGCAGCCCCAUGCACCUAAUCCAGCGGUCUCAUCAGCCCCGCUCUUCACGAUCUUAGAUCCACGAUUGACAGCAAGCCGACCCCAGGGGUUUAGUCUAGCCCCUUCGAGGGACCCACGUCCGCAAAUGAAGCAUUGUCGUUUGGCCAACGUGGCAAUCUUCUCGGGACAGCUCUAUGCCUACCCUCCACGCUCCCGGAGACCACGCCCUGUGCCCAUUUAUCGAGGACACAGACCAUCGCGCAGACCAGUUGAAGGAUCUAAUCCGGAUGGAGAUGUUACUCUUCAGGUUACUCGAGUAGACCCCGUCGAUCCUCGUACUAUCAAUCGCGAGACUCCUUUCGGAGGAGGUGAUGGACCCUGUGCACCAUUUCCCACAUUUGAUGCCCUGGACGACAAAAUCGGAAAGGACGAAGUACUCCCUGCUGCUGAAGAUGCAAAGACUGUUGAAGAAGUGACAACUUCUCAGAUCAUUUGGGACGAAUCGAGCCCACUGGCCGACCCAGAUUCCCCCAAUCUCCACCGCAAAGUGACAUGGGACUUCAAAUAUCCUCCUAUGGAACCCUGUUUUCUGGGAGUGUUGAUUGACAACAUGGAUCUCUUGAACUCAAGUACAUUUAGAUGUUCGGUUACCAAUACUCGCCAGAGACAUCGCUCUAACAGUACUCGCUUGGUAUCGGUCAAAGCUGCUGUCCAAAGCCCCAAUGAAGAUGUGCCGUGUGAGAACACUUUUUCUCUUGGCAACAGCAUGGUAGGCAUUCCCGAAAUCUUUGCUCUCAUCGCAGACGAGCUCCCCUGGCCAGUAAUUGACAAUCUUGCAAUGGCAAGCACUGCCUUGCGAAAGUCCGUUGGGGCGUACAUGUACAGCAAAAGGCUUCAAUACAGGAAGAAAAUUUUCGAGUUUCGCCUUGCGGAGACUUCAUUUUCAUUUUAUGAACUCAUGGCCGUCUUCGGGGGAUUUUUGGGUCCAGUGAAACAUCUCAGACCGAGCGAAGAACGGAAUGGCCAGUUAUCGUUCGCACCAACGCCUAAGUGGCUUGAAGAACUUGGUCGCAAGAUAGGCGUCGUGAAUGAGACCUUUUGUCGCAUGCGUGAACCCUUGACUCUGGUGUUUCGCGAAAGGAAAUGGCCAGAGAGAACACAGAUAAUUCUGUACAAGCUGUGGGACCUCAUGAAACUUCCUGACAAUUAUUACCGGCUCUGGAUCUUGCAGAACCGCAAAUUAUGGCCUGACAAGGAUAUUUGUUUGGCUAUGGAGUGUAUCCUUGACAUCGACACCAUCAUCAAAGACCUCUAUGGCGACACUGAGUUUGCUGACAUUUUGACGACUGCCUGUUUCACGGCGCGUGAUAUGAGCAUGGUCCACUGGUUUUUAGAUGGCAAUGCACCAGCAACAAAUGAUGAGAUGAACAUGUUCCUUUUUCAAUAA